ACGAGGAGGCGCGUAACGAACGGUUGUGGAUACGGAAAAUAACGAAAACGAUACGAACCUUAAACAACGGUCUCUUUUUUAUUUGUGUUUCAUUCAAAAGAAAAGAAGCGAACGGAAGUGCUCUCUAAACAACAACAGCAAAAAAAAGUAAAGGAGAAGAAGCUGCUGAGCAAAAAUUUCAAAUAAAAGCAAAAGUUGUGUUCGAAAAGAAAGAAAAAAUUUAAUCUUGAAAUUAAGAAAUAAAAGUGAAGUGAAAAAAUAGCAAGGAAAAUGCAAAUUUAAAGGAAAAAAAUAGAAAUCAAAGAUAAAGAAGAGUGCCAAAGGAAGAUAUCUAAUUUUAGAAGGAGAAGAAAAAAUUUUAGUGUUUCUGACGAAGUGAGUGUUUUCUUUUUUUUGUUUUGUUGUUUAAUGCGGCGUCAAAGAGGAUGUGCCCAAAAUAGCCACUGUCGUUGUGCCAAAUUUUUCGCGAAACUGUGAAGAAGUGAAGUGAAAUCAGUACGCGCCUAUUUAAACGCGCCCUUUGCAAUCAAAUCGUGAGCGUGUGUUUGUCGCGUGUUAAGUGUUUCGCGUCGCAGAAGAAGAAAACCAUUUUAAAAUAGAAAAAAGAAAAGAAUUUCAAUUUCCACAGAUUUUGCGAUUUUCUUGUCUGGUGAUUAUUUGCUGCAGUCUUUAUGCAAUUGCACGUGUCGCUUGUGCGGCAAAUGUCUGGCAGUGCAAAAUAAAAUAUCCCAUUCCCCUCCUUUGCGUCUGUUCCGCCAAAUUCAACGAAGUCAUAAAAAAGUGCGUGUUUCGUUGUAAAUCAUUAAAGGAGGAGCAAUAACAACAACAAGUGCACCGGCAGCAGCACCAGCAGUGCCAAAUUGCAUGCAACAAAAAAGAGAGCAUCUUGCAACAGAAUUUAUGCAAAACUGAGGAUUGUCGUCUGCCCGGUUGCCAUUACCGGAAAUUCAUUAAAAAAAAUACUACUACCCAUCUCCCGCUCACUGUUGGAUUCUUGGAAUCUUCAAAUAUUUAAAUAUAACCUCAAAAAGUGCAUUGCUCUAAUCCUAACAUAAUGUGUUGACUCAAAACUCCUUAAAAUAUUGAAGAUAUUUCCAUGCAUCCCCCAAAACCACAUAGACUCAAAAUGCCAUUAAAUAGAUUAGCAACGCCGACCACAAUAAUGAGCAGGCCCCGAUUUGCCGCCUUCAAUCUAAGAUUGUUCCUACCAUGUCUUGCCCUAACACUACUCUGCCAAACAUCAGCGAUUUAUACCAAAGAUUUAAUGCAUCAUCGUCUGAAACAUCAUGCGGACGAUUUGCUCUCAACACAGCAUGUGUCAAGAUUACGCUCGGCGAAUGGCACAAAUUAUCAAGAUUUUGAAAUGAAUGCAUCAUCGUCAUCAGCCAUGUGGUCGGGCGCCAAAAUUUCAACUUUCACACGUUUGGAACAAGAAGCAGAGGAACAUUCAAAACAGGAACAAUUCCUAUCAUCCCAGAAUCAUUAUCAUCAUCACCGCCACCACCAUCAACGGCAUCAAGAAACCAAUCAACAUGCUCCCUCACAACCAACAACAAGUCGCAAAACCAAAAGUGGUCUCCUGAUCGAAAGCAAUCUCGAUUUGGAUGCAGAGCACACGGGCGAAGCGGCGGCGGCGUCGUCGAUUGAUGCGUUCGGUGGUGAAAUGGAUUUAUUGCAAACUUCAUCGACAGCACCAAGACAUCAUGAACGUAAACGUAAUCGCCAGAAUCAACGUAAGCAGCGUAAUGGUCGCCUACAUGGUGGCAAUGGAGGAGGCUCUGGCGGACCAGGCAGUUCAGGUGUUACCUCGAACAACGGUCAACGUCAAAAGUUACAACGCAACGCUCUACGUCUCCUGAACAGAGACAGUGAUUCCCAAACGGCGCCCAAUGUUGGUGGUUUGUUUCCCCAGCUGUUUAAUGUGGCCACCAGGGCAUCGAUUACCGUCAAUGCCACCUGUGGCCAGAGUGGCCGUGAGGAAUAUUGUAAACUGGUCGAUGCCUAUCCCCACAAGAAGUGGGCCACCCAGUGUGGUAUUUGUAAUGCCCAUUCAUCUGAUGUGACCAAACAUCGUCCCAUCGAAUCGGUAAUUUCCCACAAUAAUAUGCAUGACCAGUGGUGGCAAUCGCCCACCUUGCAGUACGGCCGGCAUUAUGAAUAUGUUACGAUCACAAUGGAUUUGAAGCAGAUCUAUCAAAUCUUCUAUGUAAUGCUGACAUCAGCCAACUCCCCACGGCCGGCUUCAUGGAUUCUCGAAAAAUCCCUUGAUGGUGUGAAUUUUCAACCAUGGCAAUAUUUUGGUCGUUCCGAUGCAGAUUGUCGCCAGCGUUACGACUUGCCAGGGCAAAAUGGAAAAUAUUUAUUUAAGAAUGACACCGAAGUUAUCUGCACCACACAAUUCUCCAAGGCCUUGCCAAUGGAAAAUGCCGAUUUACAUGUAUCGCUGUUGAAAAAUCGUCCCGGAGCAAUGGAACAGACGCAAGAUAUCAUGGAUUUUAUAACGGCCCGUUAUAUUCGUUUUCGCCUGCAGGGCAUGCAUUCGACGGCGAAUUUAGAUAACAGCGUGUAUUGGCAACUGGAUGCAAAUUCGCUGGAAAAGCGUAGCUUUUAUUCCCUAAAACAAAUACGUGUCAGUGCAAGACUCAAUUGCCACGGCCAUGCCGAGAAGACCCGAGAAUUGGCAGAGAAGCCAAAGGGUCAAAUGGAAUUUUCCAAUUUGGAAUCGACGCUGCAAUGUGAGUGUGUGCACAACACCUGUGGCCCGGAUUGUUCACAGUGCUGCCCUCUGUAUCAGGAUAAACCAUUUCGUAAUGGCACCACUCGGGAGGCAAAUGAAUGUGAAAUAUGCCAGUGUAACAGUCAUGCUGAAUCGUGUUUUUAUGAUCCUUUCCUGAGGCGUGGUAUAUGUCAGGAUUGUCAGAAUAACACCACGGGUAAUGAAUGUGAGCAGUGUCUACCGGGAUUCUAUCGUCCUGUGGGAUCCCUCAGCACUGAUGCCUGUUUGCCCUGUGAAUGUUCGACCAAGGGAUCCCAGGGCUUGUGCCAGGCGGAGGGUGGCCAAUGUAUCUGCAAUGAAGGCUUCCAGGGCCGGUACUGUGAGGAAUGUGCCCAGGGCUAUUAUGGUGAGGAUUGUCGCAAAUGUGAAUGCGACUCUCGAGGCACUGUGGCAGAUACCGAAUGUUCGGGACUAUGUAUGUGUAAAUACAAUGUUGAGGGGGAGACAUGUGCCAGAUGUCGUGAUGGUUUCUAUGAUCUGAGCGGAGAUAAUGUGGAUGGCUGUUCGCCAUGUUGGUGUUCCGGUUUGCAGGCAACCUGUUCCAGUGCCAAGUUAUCCACGUUGGCUUUUGAAACCCUCAACGAUUGGAAGGUAACGGAUAUAACGUUGUCACAAAUGGCCAUACCGACAUUGGAUACUGAUACGAAUUCCUUGAGCUAUAGCAUGUUUGAUUUGAGCGAUGUGGAGGCCAUUUAUUGGUUGGCACCCCAAGGAUAUUUGGGCAAUCGUUUGACAAGUUAUGGCUCGCGUCUUUCGAUUCAUGUCAAUUGGGUGACGAUACGUGGUGACACUUCGGGCAAACCCACGGCGGGACCCCAUGUUAUAUUACUGGGUAAAAAUGGCAUGAAAAUUGCCUAUGGCGAUGAAGAAUUUACCCGAGGCUCCUCGGCGGUGAUAAAUAUCACCUUGGAAGAAAAUCAAUGGUAUCAUGUCCCAGCCCAGGUUCAGGACAUUAAAACGAGAAUGCGUCGCACUGAUUAUCAUGGCACCGAGGUGACCCGAUCCCAUUUUAUGUCGGUAUUGACAAGCCUGGAAGCAAUCCUAAUAAGGGCAGCAUUUCACACCGACCAGGUGGAAACGAAUUUGGAACGAGUUAUAAUGUUUUCGGGUGGCACGGAGCUGGGUGGCGUGGCCACAACGAGGGUGGAGCAGUGCGCCUGUCCGCCCGGUUAUACGGGUCUGUCAUGUGAAUCAUGUGAUUUUGGUUAUAUUCGCACCUAUGAAAACUCCAGUGAUCACCAUCAAGUGGGACGUUGUAAACCAUGUCCUUGCAAUGGCCAUUCGAAUUCGUGUGAUUUGCAGAGCGGUAAUUGUGGCAAUUGUAUGCAUAACACCUAUGGCGAGAGAUGCGAACGGUGUAAACGCGGCUUCUAUGGCAAUCCAUUGCAGGGUACAGCCAACGAUUGCCGACCAUGUGCCUGCCCCCUGCUGGUGGCUAGCAACAACUUUUCGCCCAGUUGCCAACUGAAAACCUAUUCGAUUAUGGACAUCAACCCCGUCUAUGGUGUGGUGGAAAAUGCCGAAUACAUUUGUACCCAAUGUCCGCCCGGCUACACUGGCGACCAUUGUGAAAUGUGCGACGAUGGUUAUUAUGGCAACCCCACAGAGAUUGGAAACUCUUGUCGUCCCUGUGAUUGCGAUGGAGGCCCUUGUGAUGUUUUUACCGGAAAAUGUAUUAUUUGCGAGGGCAACACUGAGGGCUGGCACUGCGAACGCUGUAAAAUGGGUUUCUGGGGUGACCCCUCGGUGGGCUGUGAACCCUGCGCCUGUUUCGAAGAGGGUUCGGACAGUGCUGUCUGCGAUAGCACUGAUGGUCAGUGCUUGUGUAAACCUCGCUACGCUGGACAAAAGUGUGACGAAUGCGACGAAGGUUAUGCUCUGCUUGACCAACAAUGCAUCCCCUGCGGCUGCGAUGAAUUUGGCAGCAUUGAUGCGCACAGCUGUGAUCCGGAAAAUGGUCAAUGCUACUGUAAACCAGGUGUGCAGGGCCUGAAAUGCAAUGAGUGCAGUGAAGGUUAUUUUGGCCUGAAAGAGGAGUCCAAUGGCUGUACGGAAUGCCAGUGCAGUCCUGUGGGUUCGAUUGGAAAUACCUGUGACAAACGUUCCGGCCAAUGUAUGUGCCUGCCGAAUGUGACGGGACGGCGUUGUGACAAAUGUAAAGCUGGCCAUUGGAAUCUCACCCAAAAUGUUGGCUGCCACGACUGUCGCUGUGACCCCUCAGGCUCAAGGAGUCAUGAAUGUAAUCCCUGGACAGGACAGUGUGAUUGCAAAAUUGGAGUGGGUGGUCAAAGGUGUAAUGAGUGUACCGAUGGAUUCUUUGGCUUCUCCACGGAUGGAUGUCAACGUUGUGCCCCCUGUCCGGGUGAGGGUCAAGUGUGUGAUCCCAUCAAUGGUCGUUGUGUGUGCCCACCGUUUAGUCGUGGUUUGGGUUGCAGUCAAUGUGUUAGCGGUACAUGGGGUUGGCAACCUCGGCUGGGUUGUCGUGAAUGCGAAUGUGAUCGUGUGGGUUCAAUUGGCCAGUAUUGCCAUACCAUAACGGGUCAGUGUCAAUGUCGUGAAGGUUACACCGGACGAAGAUGUGAUUCGUGCGCUGUGGGUUAUUUUGGCUACCCCGAGUGUCGGCGUUGUAAUUGUGAUGUGGACGGCUCAUUCGUGCGCAGUGAUGGCCUGAUAGCCUGUGAUGCCAAUGGCCAGUGUCCGUGCAAAAGUUUGGUGGUGGGUCUGAAGUGUGAUACCUGUAUGCAGUCGACUUUUGGUUUGUCAGCCCUGAAUCCGGAGGGUUGCACCAGAUGUUAUUGUUUCGGCCGGGCCACGGAAUGUGAACAGACCGAUUGGUCUUGGGGUCAUGUGCGAAUGUCAGAAUCACGUAACUUAACGGUAAAUUAUAUACGGCCCUCGCAUGUGACAAAUCGGGAAUUUGAAUAUACUGUGGUAGUACAAAUGUCGGACUCAAAAUCCUAUCGCGAAGAUGCCGAAAUACAAAAUAUGUAUGGUUUGAAUUUGAUACCGCGCUCAACGGGAAAUGUGACAAUUGGGUCGUAUACCCAUCUCUAUUAUCCCUUGUACUUCCAAUUGCCUCCACACUUUUAUGGUGAUCGCAUCAACAGUUAUGGGGGUAAUUUAUAUUUCACCCUACUCACUGAGGGUGGUUCGACACCGUUGGAUCGCAAGACUCUUUCACGUUAUCCCUUGGUCCAGCUGCAUGCCCACACAAAAAUGAUUUUGGAUUUCUAUGAAUACGAAACAUUUGAAUAUUCAAGAAAUGAGACGUAUCGCGUGCCCUUGCAUGAAUCCUAUUGGAAAUUCCACAAAAGUGGCCAGGCCGUGGAUAGGAGUACAAUGAUGGCAGCCCUGCAGAAUAUAAGGCAUAUUUUUAUACGAGGUUCGUGCUUUGCGGAUUUCACCGAGGUCAUUUUACAAAAUGUCCACAUGGAUUCGGCAAUUUAUGUCCAUGGCUCCACGAACAUGAUUGCCAAGGGUGUGGAGAAAUGUAAAUGUCCCAAACGUUAUGAUGGUCUUUCGUGCCAGGAUCCGGGCCAGGGAUUUUAUAGGUGGCGUAAUAUAACCGAAACCGAGACAAUUUACAUUGAGGAGUUAAUUGGACGUGCCGCCCCGUGUAACUGCAAUGGACGUAGCAAUGAAUGUGAUCGGGAAACGGGAGAGUGCUUGAAUUGUCGUGAAAACUCUGGCGGCCGCCAUUGUGAACAGUGCGCCGAGGGCUUUUAUGGUGACCCGAAUUCAGCCUAUGGCUGUCAGGCUUGCCCUUGCCCUGAAACCAGCCGCAACUUUGCCAAAGGUUGUUCUGUGUGGCAGGGUGAGGUCAAUUGUGUUUGUCGCCCCGGCUAUAUGGGCAAAUUGUGUGAUCAAUGUCGUCCUGGUUACUAUGGCAAUCCUUUGUCCUCCCUCGGUGGGGUGUGUAAGCCCUGCAAGUGUAAUCCCUAUGGCAUACGGCAGGAGGGUUGUGAUUCCUUGACAGGUCAAUGCUAUUGUCAGGCAGGGGUGACGGGACUCAAGUGUGAUAAAUGUCUGGCAGAACGCCAUCAUUUGGAGGAGAAGGGUUGUCGAUUGUGUGACAACUGCACCUUAUUGUUACUGGACUAUGUGGAACUGAUUGGCCAUAAACUGAGAAGAGGUGUUCACAACAUGGAUUUGACGGGUAUACCCCCACCCUAUGUCAAGGUGGAGGAAUAUGAACAACAAUUUGAGCUACAAAAUCGCCAUUAUACGGAUUUCAACGAGGCCCGCAAGCUGCUGGUAAAUUAUGACAAUAAUGCCCUGCUGAAACUUGAUUCCCAUGCGGAAAAUCAAAAAUUCCAAAAUCGCAAAGCCUUGGCAACGGCCGAGAAAAGGACCUUUGCCAUGGCCGUCUUGGUACAAGAUGCCUCACAGCUGUAUUUAGAUUUGGAUUCAAUUAAAUCAGGGAUACUGGAAAACAUUGCCACCCUGGAUAACUAUGGCAGAGGGGCCCACCACCUGAGUUUACCCUCUGCCCUGCAACAGGCCAGAUUUUAUUUGGACUCAAUUACUCAACAUCGUGAUUCGCUGAAUGAGAUACGCUCCGCGGCCACCUGUGCCUGGCAUUAUUUCUAUAAAUUUGGCAAUGCCUCCGACUUGGCCUACGAUCAAAAGGGUAAAAUUGAAAUGUUUUGGCGUGAUUUAAAUCAUUCGAAUUAUCGCAUCUCGGAUAUGCGUCUGCAUGCCGAUCGUACGGUGGAAAUGCAAAAUGAAAUUGAAGAUGUUCUGGAGCAUAUAAGAAAUUUGAAAAGUUAUACUCUGGAAGAUUAUCAACAGAUACGAGAUCAAAAGAAAUUGGUAGAGGAGACGUUGAAGGAGAUUUUAAUACCUCAGACAGAUGUCCUUGUGGAGUUGAAUGUUGCGAAAUUAGAGGAAUUGAGUGGAAAGGUGGAUACAAUAACACGUCAGUCGACCUUGUUGAAUUCAACGUUGGAUAAUAAUGAGGCGGUGCAUCGUGAGGUGAGAAAACAUUGGCUGCCCAAGGCUCAGAAACAUGCCGCCAGGCUGCUGGAAAGAUCCAAUGAAUAUGCCAGACAAUUUCAGCCGACCCGGCAGGGGGCAAGGAUUGCAAUGUUGGCAAGUUCGGCCCACAAAAACAUUUCCGAUGCCAUCGAAGCAGCCCAUUUGGCCUCCAGAGAGGCCAGGGAACGUGUAUAUGCUGCCCAUCAUAAGUUAUAUCCUCGCAUGGGACUAUCUGUCAUAGAUAGGGCCCGUUUAUCGCUGCACAAUUCAAAUCUCUUGAAGAAGCAGGCCAUGAAUAAAAUUCAAGAUACAGAAGUUCUAGAGAAACGAUUAAAAUUCCACGAGAAUAAGGUCGAGUCCAUCAAAUCACACAUAAUGGAGGCUGGCAUCAAAACCAACAAUAUAUCCACCAUAAUUCCGUCCAUGCAACAUACCACCUCGCGGAAAAAUGCCAUUGAAAGUAUGGACAUGGCCUCAAAGACCAGUGAUGAAAUGAAAUCACUGACCUACAAGACCCAAGAAGUACACGAUGACAUACGAAAACUAAGAGAAAAAUUUGCAAUUCUGGAACCUGAUUGGGAAAUCAAAUUGGGUAUGGCAGAGGAAAAUAUUUCGCUGACGAAGACCAAUGUACGCUUGGCCAAUAUUUCCCUUACCUAUGUGGAGGAACAGGCCAUCAAGGAACAAACAGAAUUUGAUAUUUGGAAUAAUUCCAUGUCCAAACAACUGCAGGAGCUGCGCGAUCAAAUUACCAAAGCCAAACAUGCGGCGGAGGGUAUUAGGAUUUCACUGCAAUCAGUGGGACCAAAAUGUUUGAGAUCUUAUCUGCCGGCCUCCUAUGGGCUAACCACCUCGAAUAGCAUCAAAAUAAGUUUUGCCCUGGCCAACAGGAAUGGCAACUCACCCCUGCUUUAUAUACAAGGAUCCGAUGAUCGUUAUAUUGCCUUGGAUCUGUUUAAACGCCAUGUACGACUUCUGUGGAAUUUGGGUGGCACCACGGAAAUUAUUACUCACCCCUUGGAAAUUCAGACAAGGGAUCCCCAAUACGAUGAUGCCUGGUAUCAUGUGGAGGUAAAUCGCACUCUAAAUAUUGGAAGUUUACUGGUGAGGCGCAUGAAUAACUAUGGGUCCUUGGUGCCCCAAACUCCUGUCACCGGCAGUACUGAUGUGGAAUUUACGAGAUUUUUCCAAACGGCUGAAGAUCGUAUUUAUUUGGGUGGCUAUCCCAAGGUGUUGAGGACCAAAGAUUUACAAUUGAGUCCUGGCCUAAAUGUGGUGGUACAUAAUGUGGAGGUGGACAAUCGUCCUUUGGGUUUGUGGAAUUUCGCCUCCAGUGAGGGCAAGUGUGGUGGAGCCAUGAUUGGGGCCCAGGAAUCCAGUUCAUCAUCGGUGGCCCGACACUUUAAUGGUCUAGGCUAUGCGGAGGUAAAGAAAUCACGACCACGGCCAUAUCGCAAGAAUUUGUUUGCCUUGCAAAUGACCUUUAAGACUUUGGAUGAGAAUGCUUUGCUUUUCCUGGCGGUGGAUGAUAAGAAUAACCGCUCGGUAUCAGUUACCUUGAGUCGUGGUCGCAUUAUGUUCCGCAUUGACUAUGGUGAUGAAUCGAAAUUGGAAAUAAAUACCACCAACAAAUACAACACUGGAAAAUGGGUCAAAAUUGAGGCUGCCCGAGAAUUUGUGCCCAAACGUGGUACGGAAAAUGGCAUUUUACGUGUUAAUACAGAUCGUCCAAUAACGGGCUCGCCAACGGUACCCAUUAAGAGCAACAUGUUGCCAGAUCUAUCGAAGGCUGUAUAUUAUUUGGGUGGUGUGCCACCUGGUUUCACAUCGGCUACUUCCAAGGCUCCGGGAGCUGAUAACCCCUUCUUGGGUUGCAUGAUGGAUGUCCAGGUCAAUGGUGAGACCUAUGAUCCGUUGGAGGGUUCAACGCAUUACGGUGUCGAGUCGUCGUGCAAGGAGAUGAUAACGAAGGCCGGUUUCAGGGGUCAAGGCUAUAUUGAACUUCCGGCCCAGUCGCUGCGCAAACGGGCCAAUGCUGGCUUUGUGUUCCGUACCCUACAAAAUGACUGCCUACUCAUGCUCUCCGCAUAUCCUCCCGAAGUCGAGGAGGACUACGAUGCCAAAGAUAUUAAAGGCAACUAUUCCAUAUCACUUGUUGAUGGCCAUCUCCAAGUAUGGGUCAAUUCGGGACGAAGUAUGGUGAAAUUGAAGUCGAAUGUUUCCCUCAACGAUGGCGAAUUCCAUGUGGUUAAUUUGUUGAAAAACGGACGCAAACUUGAGCUAAUGGUCGACGAUGAAUUACAAGAGAGCAAAAAUCUCAUGGGCACCCCAACGAUGGUCAGUAUGCCUCGAGAUGCUGGUGGUCUGUAUAUUGGGGGUGCACCAAGCUAUGAUGAGUUUACACCAUUGGCGCCAACAUUUAAUAAACUGGAAGGAGCGAUACGAGAUGUUGUCUUCAAUAAUCGAACGGUGAACUUUAAUCAAGCUCUAUCCUUUGUCAAUGUACAAAUCGGACGUAAUGGCCCGGCCAUGGGUAGUGUCAAUGGCUUGAGUGACAUACUAAUGAAAACUGAGCCCAUGAUCGGCAAAAGCUUUACGGCAGCUCCCGAAGGAUGCAAAAGGGUUGGCAGCUAUUCCUACGAACCGAAUGCUUUUAAAUUUGGCGACGAACCCUACAGCUAUGCCCAGCUACAGACCCCCAUGCGUUAUUACUGGCAAAAGAAUUUCCAAAUUUCAUUCGAUUUUCGUUCCUUCUAUCCGAAUGGUUUGAUAUUCAUGGCACCCGGUAUGAAAGAUAAGCAAAAACAUUAUCUCGCUCUCGUAUUGAAAGAUGGUCAUCUUUUAUUGAUUGUAAGAGGUAGACGUCGUGAAGAGUUGCCCUUGCAUGCCAAAUUGAAUGAUGGCGAAUGGCAUCAUGUAACAUUGAUGUGUACCGAUCGUAAGGUGACCAUGUCCGUGGAAAUUGGAAAAACCGAUCAGAAAACAUCCGCACAAAUGAAAAUACCGAAAAAGAUAUCCGCCUCGAAUGUUAUGUUUGUCGGUGGUUUGCCCGAGAAUCCACCGAAAAUGCCCUCGGAAUUACUGAUGCGUAUUGAACCGUUUAAGGGCUGUUUGCGUAAAUUUGCCAUUGCCAAUAAUACACAAGAUUUGGCUAAGCCGGGCAAGCAUUUACAUGUCGGCCAGUGUUUCCCGCAUGUCGAAAGGGGUUCGUACUUCCCCGGAGAUGCAUAUGCGGUGUAUAAACGAAAUUUCCAUGUCGGAAAAUAUUUGGAAUUGGAAAUGGAAUUUAGAACUUCUGAGCUGUCUGGAAUACUGCUGAGUAUAUCGGAACCUACCGGCUUUCCGGCUCUGUCUUUGGAAUUAUUUAAUGGAAAUAUUAUUUUCUCUUGUGACCUGGGCGAUGGCAAUCCCUUCCGCGUGGAAUCGCUGUUGCCCACAAAAUAUGCCUUGUGUGACAACAAGUGGCAUAAUAUUUCUGCUUUAUAUGACUACGAACAAAUUGCCCUGAGAAUCGACCAAAUGCCAGCCACAAUUGCUGUUGCCCAACAGAGAACGGUUGGCAAGGUACAGACCAAAUCACCGCUCUAUAUAGGAGGAAUACCAGACGUGGCCUCCAGCGGUUCCCUAUUAUCCCGUGAAAACUUUAAAGGUUGCAUACGAAAUGUGUCCAUACGAAACGAACGGCGAGAUUGGGUGGAUAUGGAUGCCCUGCACAAUGUUUUGCUCAGUGAAUGCCUGGUAACGGGGAAUUUAGAAAGCUGAGUUCACAAAACGAAAAUCCUAACGCCCAAAGAGUAUUAUAAGGAGAAGUAGAAGAUGGAGAAGAGGGUGGAGAAUGAAGGUCGUAUAAAAUGUGAUGCCAUACUAAAAACAAAAAUCAACUGCCAUAUACUUAAAAUAUUAAACAAAAAACAAUCAUGCAAAUACAUAUGCGAAACAACAACAAAAGAAAUACGCUUAAAUCCAAGAAAGCUUCACAAAAUCACAAAAGCUGUAAAAAUGUAAAAUUUUCCAAGAAAUCGAAACGAGAGCCAACAUUUUUUCCUUAACCCACUUUGGAGAAAGGAACUUUUGUGAUAUAGCUUUACUAGUGAUUUUUCUCUCUCUCUCGCACACACAUAAAGAGAGAAAAAGCUUUGGUAAAAGAAAACGUUUGUUCUUACUUUCCAUGAAUUUUGUUUUCGAAAAAAAGAGAAAUAUUUAUUACAACCAGUGUCUGCAUUUGAUUGCAUUAUUUAUUAUAAUUAAGUAAAUGUAUUUUAAAUUAAGUUUUAUGUUAGACAGAUGAAUAAAAACAAACACAAAUCUCUUUUUUGCCUUUCCCCCUUUCCUAGAAAUGCAAUAGUUUAAGUAGUAGAGGCUUUAAAUAAAUACAGUUUAGUUUUUAUUUAUUUUUUACAAAACU